CGGAAACGGAAACGAGUGUUAAGAUAACUGAUGGUCAGAUGUUCGAGAAAAUAGAUUUCUAAUGCCGAAAAAGAUAAAUUUUAGAAAUACACAGUUAGACACAGUUGUUUAAAAUCAGCGGGAUCAAAAGGUAUUCUUUAAGUGGUUAGUUUUGAUCAAAAUCGACCGAGGAGUUGUAGCUCGUGCUCUGCUAACUAUGCUAGCUGACUCGUUGGCUAAAUACGCAGUUCGUAGCCAGAAUAUUAAAUCUCCCCUUCAUCAGUGUUCUGUUUAACUAGGGUUUGAAACAAUGGCGUUUACACAUUAACUAGUGUAGCAUAUAGUCAUUUGGAGUGGAUUUUUAGUGUUUGCUAGACAUAAAACUGUUGGAAGUGAGAAGGCCUCUGAGUAGCUAACCAGCAGGUAGCUAAUUCCAAAGGAAACGGGAUUUGGUUGGGCAAACAAAGGUGGUGCUGACAUAUUCUUUCUGGGUUUGACUGCAAUGGAGGGCUCAGACAAUGCAGAUCAAGGCAGUAGUGAACAGGCCGAUUCACAGCGCAGGCAACAGCAGGACCGCCUGAACAGAGAGGAGGCCUUCUACCAGUUUGUUAACAAUCUGAGUGAGGAGGACUAUAGGCUGAUGAGAGACAAUAAUCUUUUUGGCACACCAGGUGAAAUUACUGAGGAAGAGUUGUUGAACCGUCUUCAUCAAAUUAGGGAUGGCCCAGAGCAGCCCCACAGUAGCAGCAGCAACAAUCCUGAAGUCAGUAUGGGGGAGCCCAGAGUUUCAGAGGCAGAGGGUACAGAAGAAGCAUCCAAUGGUGACACUCUUCUUGACUGGCUCAACACUGUGCGUCAAACUGGUAAUACCACAAGAAGCGGGCACCGGGGCAACCAGUCAUGGCGGGCAGUUAGCCGAACUAAUCCAAGUAGUGGAGACUUCCGUUUCAGUUUGGAGAUCAACAUCAAUCGCAACAUAGCUGAGCAGCAAACACAGACUGAGGCCGAUCGGGUAGAGUCAGAUCAAAGCCGUGCUGAUGGCUCUAUAUCUGAACCUGAGACACCCAUUGAGGCGGCAGAGGUGGUUGAAGAGCCAGUGGUGGAGGAGAUGGCGGUUAUAGUUGAACCAGAACUUCCUGCGCCUAAUAGCCCAGCUGUAACCCAGCCGACAAGCCCACAAAAUCAGCUGCCAACUUCUCCAAGUCUGCCUCAAGUAGAACGCCCAAGUAGAGGCCAGAUUAGAGCUCGUAGCCCGAGCCCAGAACAGCGCAGAACCAGGGCACGAACAGCCAGGAGUCAUUUAGCGCUUAGCCUGGACCAGUUAGAUGGGCUUCCGCAGGCUCACCAUGGACUAUCCUCUCGAAGUCCUGAACUUGUCCCAGAAAUGCAGGUAGAUGGCAGCUCCAGGACACGACUACAUGUUCUCUCUCGACAGAAUAUACAGUUAGAAAGUGAGGAAACUAUAGCAACUACAGAGCCCCAACCAGCACCUCAGCACCACCAGGAAAUUGAAAUGCCUUCAGGAGAAGCAGGUGCUUCAGCCCGACGUCCUCCAACAAUAAUGCUGGACUUGCAGGUUCGUAGGGUGCGACCAGGCGAGUACCGCGAGAGAGACAGCAUUGCCAACCGUACCCGCUCUCGAUCACAGACCUCUAACAACACUUUCUUGUAUGAAACCGAACGUGGAGGCUUUCGCAGGACCUUUUCACGUUCAGAGCGGGCAGGUGUGAGGACAUACGUCAGUACUAUCCGUAUUCCCAUCAGGAGAAUCUCGGAUGCCGGGCUUGGCGAGGCCACCUCCAUGGCCCUGCAGUCCAUGAUCCGGCAGAUCAUGACUGGCUUUGGUGAACUCAGCUACUUCAUGGACUCUGACUCUGACUCCACGGAUUCAAGCCGUGGCUCCAACCAUGCGGCAGAUGUUGCUGACACACUGGGAAGUCCAGAUGCUGGAAGUCCCUCUACUGUGACUGAGCCAUCACUUGGGGCAGGAGGGUCAAAUCAGAGUGGCUCAGAAGCACCGACUGAAGAGAGGGAGGACAGUGGUGCAGCUCCAAGAGAAAGCAGGGCAAGGCAACGAGCUCCUAUCAACCUAGAAGAUUCUGGCUCUUUGCCCUUUCUGCGACUUGCACAUUUCUUCUUGCUCAAUGAUGAUGAUGAUGAUCAGCCCAGGGGCCUCACAAAAGAGCAAAUCGAUAACCUUUCCAUGCGCAAUUUUGGUGAGAGUGAUGCAUUCAAGACCUGUAGUGUCUGCAUUACAGAAUAUGCUGAAGGCAACAAGCUUCGUAAACUUCCCUGCUCACAUGAGUACCACGUGCAUUGUAUUGACCGUUGGCUUUCAGAGAAUUCAACAUGCCCCAUCUGUCGCAGGGCAGUCCUUGUUUCUGCCAACAGAGAGAGCAUUGUUUAGACUCCUAUCAUACUUAAUACUAUUUUUUUUUCCGCCUUACUAUAACAUUUGGUACCUUGUAAUGAAUCAUGUCUUGCAGACACACAAGCCCAAAUUGUUAGAGUAUCAGAUUGACGAGCUGUGUCGAGUACAUUUACAGAGACUUGUGCUCAAAUCCAGACUUCUACUUCCUGAAGGUUCCAGUGAAAUGGUAAAUGUUAUUUAUCCAAAAUGUUUGAUUACAUUGCAAUUUUGUGAUGGUUAAGAACUAAUCAUUUGUGCUUAUACGUUAGACUGGGUGCAAUUUGAUUAGAUGGAAAUCAGGCAUUCUGAUAGUUGACAGAAUAUAUUUAUGUACAAUUUAUUGCUUUUUGAUGAUCUAAAGAACUGUUUUGAUCCAUUGUAAUUGCAGUUUGGAGACCAUUUUAGUUUAUCAGCAAAAGUAAAUAAGCAUUUUUCUUCAGUAUACAUAAGUGUAAAAUGAUAUUAAAUGAUCUGUAAGUUUUCAGUUUGGCCAACAAGAACCUUUACUUCAGCUAAGGGCUGUGUUUUCUCAAACAUCAGUUAAGCCUAGUCUAAUAUUUUGUCAUUGGGAGUUCUAAAAAAUCCAUUUUAGCCUUAAUUUAAUCUGUGUCUGGAAUAUCUCACUGAUUUUUGUAAAGAAGUGUUAGAGUAUUAUGUGAUACAUGUGAGUUUCAUGCCCUAUAAUGCCAUCAUGCUGUAUUUACUCCCAAGGGUUUUCAGUGGUCUUUCAAGAUACUGACUCAAAUUGCUUCAUAUUUCAAACUUACCUACACAUCACAAAUGCUGGGGCAAAACUUUACAGAAGAACAGUUUGAUCUGUAUAACCUUUAUACAGACUGUGAAGAUUCAAGUUUAAAUUGAAGUUAUCUCCUGGAAACAAAGUUUGUCUACAUCUGUAUAUUGCAGUAGCACUACUCUGUUGUGCUGAACUGAAACACUGAAGGUUAUCUCAUCAUAUCCACUAGUAGGUUUUUAAUGUAUUUGGUAAAGUUUCUGGUUGAAGAGGUACUGAAGAAUAAGUAAAGUCGGGGAGAAAAAAAGUGUGUCCUCUUGAUCCUUCUAAAGUGGACCCUAUUUCCAAAUAUUGUCUGACUGGCCACAGCAGGGUUUUUUUUUUUUUCCCUUUCUUUUAGUGAUCUUGGCAUGCAGCCUCAGAUGUCCUUUAAAGGAAUACUCUGGAGUGAAAUGCUUUUUAGGUCUAUUUUCGCAUUAUUGGGAGUGCAUACGUUGAGUUGCUACCGCAAUCACAUCAAUCGGUUGUGUUUUGUGAUUUUCAACUGGAAAGCGCUAACAUGGCAGUGCGCGGGGCAUGUCUUUUUGCCGAUACAAAACGCUAGUUUUA